AUGGCUGUAGAAUCUAUAUGGAUUAGUGGGUGGUCUGGUGGACUCUUCAAGACGGCUCACAACGGAGCGAUGGAGAUGUGCCCAGCUGUCUAUGGGUUCGCAGGUUCAUUCUAUGCAAGGAUUCCAUUUCACAUUGCUUUUUCGGAUGCCUAA